AUGGAGCAGUUCUUGGAGCCACCUAAGGAGUUCAAGAAGCCCGAAAAAUGCAUACUUAACCAGCGCUACAACAUGGAUCAUUUCAGACACAGCGCCGUCUACGUUCUGAUCACACGGUUUAUUGCGCUGGUUAGCGAUAGUAUUCAAGGCCUUCCAUUCGGCAACGCUCCCGACCCCAGUGAGAACUGCAAAAAGCUGCUAGCCAUCCUUGAGAAGGCACACCAGAUGUUUAAGGACACUCCCCCUGUUUCUCGUGAUGUCCGUUAUGGUAACCCGUCGUUUAGAACUUUUGUUCAGAAGCUUCGUGAGAGCUGUACUGCGUGGCACCAGGAGAUCCUGCCAGCGCAAUACCAAGAAGCAACCAUAGAACUAGAUGCCUACUUCUUGGACAUGUUUGGUAGUGAGAAGCGUCUCGACUAUGGAACAGGCCACGAGCUGAACUUUGUCUGCUGGGCCUUCUCGUUUAUUCGCCUCUCCAUUUUGUCUGAGCGCGACGAUUUCAUCAACAUUGGCCUGCGUCUAUUUCCUGCAUAUCUACAGCUAGCCCAAGACAUCCAGAACAUCUACACACUUGAGCCGGCAGGCUCUCAUGGAGCAUGGUCAAUGGAUGACUACAACAUGCUCCCCUUUGUCUGGGGAAGCUCGCAACUUAUCAACAGGAGAUUAAAGCCAACAGAUAUAUUCUUCCCAGAAAAGCUCACCGAGCAUAAGGACAAUCUGUACAUUAUGAUGAUACAAAAUAUAACGACCGUGAAAACGGGAGACCUGCGAAUAACGUCUCCUUUUCUCUCUGAAAUCCACCUGCAGCAAGAUACCACCUGGAGCCGAAUACACACAGGCAUGAUGAAGCAUUACCAGAACGAGGUUCUUUGCAAAUGGCCCAUAAUGCAGCACUUUUGGUUCGGAAACAUUAUACCAUUCAAGUGA